CGUCACUGCUGCGUUCUAUUGUCCACAUAACAUGCUGCUAAAGGGAGAGCUGUGUUGUCCUUUAAUGUAAAAACGAAACCACAGAUGGACCGUAGUUUGAAGCGCCGGCAGGUGAAGCCGCUUGCUGCGUCUCUGUUGGACGCCUUGGAUUACGACAGCUCAGACGACAGUGACUUUGAAGUGGGAGAUGCUACCGGAUCAGAUGGCACAGGCAAUGGCAGUGAUGAGGAGGGGUCUAAAGCGAGUGCUGCAGGCUCAGAAAGCGAGUCAGACAACGCUGGUUCAGCAGAAGAUGGUAUAGAUGAAGAGGAGGCCAAAGACCUGGCUACCGAAGAAAACCUGACAGAAGAUGAAGAGAAGGCCAAACAGCAGCCUUCCUCCGACAGCUCCACCAAAGAUGCCCCCGCUGUCACACCACCCAAGAGCAGACGCAAGAACAAGAAGGCAUCAGAGCCAGAUCCCACUGCAACUGCUGGUACCGAGUCUACCUCAGCGUCUGGCUCUGUCGGUGUCACUACUGACGAGUCUCAGACUGAGCCUAAGAAGUGGAACUUUCGCAGAAAUCGCCCCCUGCUGGACUUCACCACCAUGGAGGAGCUGAACGAGAUGGAUGACUACGACAGUGAGGAUGAUAACGACUGGAGACCCACGGCAGGGAAGAAGAAAGGCAAAGCAGCCACUCAGAAAGGAGGAACCGAGGAAGAGGAGGGCGGAAGUGCUAGCGACGAUGACGACGAUGACAACGAUGAUGAUGAUGAUGACGAUGACGAUGACGAUGAGAGAGAAGAGGGAGGUGAAGACAACAACAACAGCAGCAGUGACAGUGAAAAGGAGGCAAAGAAGCCGAAGAAGAAGGCAAAGAGCAGCAGUGCUUUCGAUGAGGAGCUGACUAACGAUAGCAUGUCCCAGGGAAAGGGCAACGAGGACGCUUUACUGGACCGGUCCCAGACCUGGAGCACACAGCACAUCCUCAUCUGCUGCGUGUGUCUGGGAGACAACAGUGAGGAUGCAGAUGAGAUCAUCCAGUGUGAUAACUGCGGGGUGACCGUGCAUGAAGGUUGUUACGGUGUUGACGGUGAGAGUGAUUCCAUCAUGAGCUCUGCUUCCGAGAACUCAACGGAGCCUUGGUUCUGUGAUGCCUGUAAGAACGGAGUGGCUCCCAGCUGUGAGCUGUGCCCCAACCAGGAUGGCAUCUUCAAAGAGACGGACGCCGGGAGAUGGGUGCAUGUGGUUUGUGCGCUUUAUGUCCCUGGUGUAGCGUUCGGAGACAUCGACAAACUACGACCAGUGACGCUCACAGAGAUGAACUAUUCCAAAUAUGGAGCCAAGGAAUGCAGUUUCUGUGAGGACGCUCGCUUUGCCAGGACCGGCGUCUGCAUCAGCUGUGACGCAGGAAUGUGUCGCUCAUAUUUCCACGUCACCUGUGCACAGAGGGAGGGGCUUCUGUCAGAGGCUGCUGCAGAGGAGGAUAUUGCUGAUCCAUUUUUUGCAUAUUGCAAGCAGCAUGCAGACCGCUUUGACAGGAAGUGGAAAAGGAAGAAUUAUCUGGCGUUACAGUCCUACUGUAAGGUCUCUCUGCAGGAGAGAGAGAAACAGCUGACUCCUGAAGCCCAGGCCCGUAUCACCACCCGCCUGCAGCAGUACAGAGCCAAAGCAGAGCUGUCCAGAAACACUCGACCUCAGGCCUGGGUGCCUCGCGAGAAGCUGCCAAGACCGCUUACCUCCAGCGCCUCAGCCAUCAGGAAGCUGAUGAGGAAGGCCGAGCUAAUGGGCAUCAGCACCGACAUUUUCCCCGUGGACACGUCUGAUGCCAACGCCAGCCUGGACGGACGCAGGAAACACAAGCAGCCGGCACUCACUGCAGACUUUGUCAACUACUACCUAGAGCGUAACAUGCGAAUGAUCCAGAUCCAGGACAACAUCUCUGAGCAGAAGAACCUAAAAGACAAGCUGGAAGGAGAGCAAGAAAAACUCCACGUGGAGUACAACAAGCUCUGUGAGUCUCUGGAGGAGCUGCUGAAUGAGAACGGAAAGCUGCGGAGCGAAGGCCAAAACAUGUGGACUCUGCUGGGGGGCAUCGUUGGUCAGAAACUGAACACCCCAGCUGUUCUGAAAGCCCCAAAAGAGAGAAAGCCAAGCAAGAAGGAGGGAGGAUCCCCAGGGAAGUCAUCCAGCCUGCCGGCAAUCCUCUACAGCUGUGGUAUCUGUAAGAAGAACCAGGACCAACAUCUGCUGGUGUUGUGUGACACAUGUAAGCUCUACUACCACCUCGGCUGCCUGGAGCCUCCGCUGACACGAAUGCCCAAGAAGACCAAGAACAGCUACUGGCAAUGCUCCGAGUGCGACCAGGCCAGCAGCGAUGAGGCUGAUAUCGCCAUGGAGACACUACCUGAUGGCACCAAGAGGUCUAGACGACAGAUCAAGGGGCCAAUCAAAUUCAUCCCACAGGAGAUGUCGCCAGAACCCAAGAAACAUCAAGUGAGGGGCACGAGAACCAGAGGACAGAAGAGGAAGAGAAUCCCCAUGUGUGAAGACAGAGAAGAAAAAAUUGAGGAACCGCUUCCAAGGGAACGCCGGCAACGCCAAUCUGCAAUGCAGAAAAAAACACCUAAAGCUGAUGACACGCGGACCGAGUGUACAACCUGCAAAGGACCGGGGGACAAUGAAAACCUUGUGAGGUUGUGAGAGCCGGGGCAGCCACCUCACCUCCAAUAAAAACUCGGGACAGAUGACCGGUUGGCUUAGAGAGACAGAGAGAGGCAGAUUGAGGCGUAUGAAGAAGUCAGGCUGGAGAACGAGACCGUCACACUGCCCCGCGACUGCCCCAACCCAAACCGGACCAACAACUGUCCAACGAAUAAUUAAGAUGGACUAUAAAUCCAAAACAUGAAGCCACUAUGUGUUUAUGGAACCAAUAUCUUUGGACUAAGUCUGGACUCUUUGCUGCUUUUACACACUUCGAGUACCACGUUUAAUUCUUUCUGUGGCUCCAGCUGCAUCCAUGCAGUCGUCUGAAUCUGCAGGGUAUGACCAUGCAUGUAUGCACAUAUCCGUUCUAAAAUAAAGCAAAAUCUUUGAAGCAAUACUUGAAACAAAAAUAAAAAAUAGAGCUUAACAUGGAGCCGACUGAUGGAUGCAGCUGUUCCACAUAUGAUGUUCAAAGCACUGAGUUGUUUUUUCUUAGAAGAUCCCAUCAAAUGGGGUUUUUACUUUGUUAAAGUGAUUUAUUAAUUUUACAAAUGCAAAGUCAGAAGGUCACUGUGUUUACAUGAGUAAAAGUAUCCUUGUUGGGUUGACAGAUGUAAAACUGGACCUGGUUGUUCAAAAGGUUGUCAAACAGAUAAAAGUGAGCUGGAUUUUGUUUUGGCUUUUCAAGAAAAAUUUGACAGGAUCAAUCUGGUCCAUGCACAAAAUUGACAAAUUUGUUAGCUCAAUUUUUUUUCUUAUCUUAGCAGCAGUACAGCCUCCCACCACUAGUAGCCUCUAAACGUAAGUUGUAUUGUAGGGUGUGUCUGCUUGACCUUGCAUAUAACUGCUCAAAGAAGCGGUACUUGUACUUGGAGAGAAAUUGAAUUGGAUUCCAGAUCCUAUCCAGCUAUGGCAUGUUUUUUAUGCUUCUAAAAAACCCAAUUUCAACAUUUAAUCUUAUCCAGUGUCUUUAAUCCUUUUAGAUUACUUUUGAACAACCGGGCCUUGGUUAAAAAAUAGACAUAAUAGGACAUUUACCCUGGUUUUGAGAAUCCUGCGUAUGCUUCUGGAGACCAGUGUACUUUGGCAUGUAAACACUGGAUCAGCAUUUCUGACGAGUCUUUGUUGGUACAGAAAAUACUCACUGAAAUUGUGAGAAUUAGAAACACAUGCACACAAAUGAUCAGAAAUGUCAAAGGAUAAAUGUUUUUUGGGGGGAAUUAAAAGAAAUGGUUUCUCAUGUUUUAUUUGAACAUGAGUCAAACCAAAACCAGGACACUUCACAGCAAAACUCAAAUCUUGAAACUAUUUACACUCCAUUAAAGCCUUACUUACCAGAAAGGUCCAGAUAGUCAUUUUAUUUUAAGGUGUAAAAAGCAAAAAAAUUAGGCCUUGUAAUAUAUUAAUUAAAAAUCCACAAAUGGAGCAAAUUUUACUUCUAGGGUGUUUUAAAUGAGAUCUUAGUUUGUAGAACUCAUUUUUAAGACACUUGAUUGUGUUUUCUUGUCCAGUUGCACAUGUUCAACUUAUUACAAACAAUUUAUAUAGCUUUUUUUUUUUUUUUUUGCUUUUUGCAUCUUGAAACAAGAUGAUUAUCUGGCCUUAUGGAGUAAACAUGGCUUAGAUGAAGUGAAAUCCAUAGAUGAUAAUUACAUAAAGCUUGACAAGAUUUGAGUUCUUGUUGUGUGAUGUGAGUAUAAAUCCAGUCAGGGAAAUAAAUAAAUUAGACUGGCAAUUUUUAAACAUGAAGACAACUGAAGACCUUUGUUAAGGAGAAGCAGCUUUCUAGAUGCUGAAGUGCACCUUUUGUUAUGAAAACUUUGAGAUUGUUUUAAUUGUAAUAUGUUUUUUUACAGCUGCUUAGAGUAACUGAAACCUCUUUGCUCAUUGGUUUUGUUACUCAGAGUGUCAAAGUAGAGCAAUAUGAUGAAGCAGAAAAUUGCCAAACUGUUUUUUUUUUUAUGUUGAAUAAUUCCUCUUUAUGCCUCCAGAUACUUACACUGCAAAACUCAAAUGUAAGCAAGUGUAUUUCUUUAAUUUCUGGUAAAAAUAUCACAUUUACUUGUUUUAAGACUAAAUAAGCAAGCAAGCCCAGAUAAACAUCUUGUAUAUACUUUAUAUCUUGAUAUAAACCAAAAAAAUAGUCCUGCAAUAAUUGUAAUAUGUGAACUUGAACUACUUCUUUGCACUUAAUUGCCCUGCAAUUACAGGACAGUCAAAGAUUUGCGGAAGGCCAAGAAGAGAGCCGUUGGUGGCUGUGUGGUACUUUUCAGUUCAACAAUGUGUAUCCUAUCAGUGAAGCAGCUAGUGCAAUAUUGAUCAAAUUAAACGUGGUUAUCAUUUUGGCCAGAAUCAUGCAGCCCUGCUACAAAGCACUCAUUAGACAGUGUUUCAAAUCAAGUUAUAAAGAUGAAGACUAAUGACCUUGUCUUUUGACCCAUGACCUUCAAAAUCUAAUCAGUAUAUUUUUGAGUCAGAAUUGAUGUUGGUGCAAAGUUUGAAGGAAACCCCUCAGAGCACUUUUGGGAUAUUGCACAUGAAGCAAAGUCAAAUCUGUUCAUCCUUAGGUCAAAGAUGAAAUUCAUGCAAAAUUUAAAAAGAAAAAUCCCUUAACAGGUUCUUUGGAUAUCAUGUUCAACAGCAAGGGGCUCACCUGCACUCACCUGGGACCUUUGAACUCCAAAAUAUAAUCAGGUUUUCCUUGAGUCAGAGUGGUUCUUGUGCAAAGUUUGUAGGAAAUCUCUUUAAGCCUUCUUGAGAUGUCGAAAUCACAGUUAAGAAAGAAAUAAGCAAGAGGCCCAAAGACAUCAACCAUUGACAUAAAUCUAAUCAGUCCAAAUGUUCUUGACAUCUAACUUUCACAAAGGUAGUCUCUGCAUUAUGGCACUAAAGGUGAUAAACUUACUUGAGUGAUUAUGCUAUCUAAAUAAAAAAGGCCUUCCUUAAAGGCCCUUGAUAAGUAAAAAAGCUUGGUACUGGCACAAAUUAUACUCAUUACAAACAAUGCAGACCAUAUUAGUGUAUUUUGUAUCUUGAGAUAAUAUCUUUAUUCUGACUUUAAUUAAAUGUGGCUCAAAUGGGACAAAAACACUUGCUUAUAUUGUAGGUUUUGCAGUGUAACUUAAUCUUACAUGUACUAGACCAAUUUUAGUUUGAAAUGUUUUAUUUUUGUGGGUACAAGGUGGAUGUUUUUGCACUUUUGAUGACCUCCAUGUAUGACUUAACAGAUGCUCAGCGUUAUAGAUCGCAGUCAGCCUCAUCAUUCCUGAGUGAAUCCUUUGCUGAAGCACUUAAAUUUUGACUUGAGUGUUAUGUCAUGUCUUCAAGGUAAAAUAAGGAGGAGUUGGUGUCAUGUGUACAAAAGCCAACUGUGUGUGGCGUAGCAGUGAAGUAAUGCUCCCAUACAGCAUCAGUAAUAGAAACAAAAUAGUGUAGUUAGCAGUAAUACCGCUUAGAUAUUAGUCUUUAGCGCUGUUAGGGCAUUCAGAAGUCUUCCUCUCGUCUUCAUAUUUCUCAGUGACAGUCAAACUGACAGAAAGAGUCCCAGCUUUGUCUCCUCGUCUCCACUGGGACGGAGUCAGUGCUGUCAAAAUAAAAGAAAGUGUCACAUUGUGCCCUUGUGUGUCACUCUUCUGCCCGUCCAGGCUCCGUAUGCAUGCUUCGGGGAGCAGUCAAACCGGGGCCGCUCACUGCUUUUCCAGUGUCCACAUACAAAUCCACAAUGGGUUUGUCUCUGUUGACUCCUGACCCCGUCACUCAUAGUCUGUCCGCCCCAAGACUGCGUGUCAGAUUUACAGUGCAUGGCUCUUUAUUUACUCUGUACAGUAAUUCAAACUGACAAUAAGUGAUGUGUUCUUGUAGAUUUUGAAUGCCCGGUAGCUGUGUAGUGUGACCAUGUGUACAGUAUUUAUCGAAGAGGCCAAACGUGCACUGCAGAAACUCAAAUCUUAGUGAUUGAAUCAGUCGUAUUUCUUCUCAUUGCCCUAAAUAUAAUGUCAUUAACAAUACUGUUUUGCAGUGCAUUUCUGCAACAACACUGUAAUGAAGCUUGGCCAUCAUUAGUGCUUUUACAUCCAUAUUGAUUUUGCAGUGGCAUAGGAAUCAAAAAGUGUUUGGUGGAAGUUUUUAUCCAGUAGCACUGCAUUGUGGUAACAUCUGAGCUCCAGGUACCUGUAGUGAAGAUAAUUGUUUUUAUAUCUAUCAACUUUGAUAAUAGGUAGAGGCGCUAGGGGAAAAAAAUCAUAUCAGAAUCAAAAAUGUAGUUCCUAUCUUUCUGCAUCAAUUCAAACAUAAAAAAAAAUAAUUUCUAAUAUACUUUAUUUCAUCUUUAGUACAUUUUCUCUAAGCACCGUCUUCACCUUCCCUAUUGCACAGAUUCAGCAGGAGGUGUGUGGCUCAUAAGCUGUUAGCAUUAGCAAUGCUAGCUCUCAGUGUCAGUAAUGUUACUCAGCCCGUCCCGUUUUACCAGAAGAGAAGUGUUCAGAUGCACCGUUAAUCCUAUGAUACCCCCAGUUGGAGGAAGCCUGACCAAACGUAUAUGCUAAGUGUGCUAAAGAGUCACAAGCCCGAGUUCACAUCCACAUGUUAAAAUAAGCAGAACAACAGCAAAUAACUGCUGAUCAACAUGUACAAUAAUAAUAGCAGCCUCUAUCAUCUGUUUCAUGUCAAAGAUCGAUGUUAUGUUUUGAUAAGUGACCAUACUAACUGGUGAAUGUACGUCGAGUGCAUCUUUGGUUGUCAUAACAACAGAUGGUGAAAACUUACCCAUCGUCUUUGUUUAGUUGUCAUGAAAUACCUGCUGUGUAUAUUUUAACAUAUGUUGUUACAACAGGAGUCACCAAUAUUUCAGUUAAAAGUCACUGGUUAACACGGUCGCUUGUUUGAACAUAACACCUGCUCCCCAGCAGCUUUGUCAGCAGGUGCUUAAGAUUUAUAGUCACAUCAUUUUUAACUGCCAAGUUUGUGUUAAAUGCGUUUCUUGCUUAAGCCCACACAUAUAUUCCUACAAGGGCUGUCAGGAUUAAUCUAGUUAUUAGCGAUUAAUCAAGGUCUACAAUUAUUGCACUUUUUUUUUAAUCGCAUGCUUGAAUGUCUCUUUCAGUACACUUUGGUCAAGACAUGUCAGCCUCGCCACAGUGAUGGAAAAUAAGUCCACCACUGCUCCUUAACCACUCAUUUGACUUUAAAUUAUUUACAGACAGCUCAGUGGAAAAGUCAACAUCAUGUGAACCUUUUUAAUGUUCUCUUAUUUCAUUUUUAAUCCAUAACAAGUUAUUUUUCCAGGGUUAAGUUCAUGUUAAAAUCUUAAAUCUACCCAUAAAAGUAGGUCUGUAUCAAAGCAAGAAGUCAACUACCCCUAGUUUAAGACAGUAGGAAAAUCAAAAAUGACACAAAAAACAUUUGCGAAAUGCAAAUAAGUGGAAUUUUAAAAUGUGAUAAAAAGGGGUGCGAUUAAUUGCAACUAAUCUCAGAAUUUCUGUGGUCUGUCACAAUUCAAAUUUGAAUCUUUUGACAGCCCUAAAUCCUAAAAAAUAUUUUUUGUAAUUUAAGCACAGAUAAAUGUUAUCUUUGUUUUACAUUACAUUGUUUUUAAUGUUUAAUACAAGUCAGUCUAAACCUGCUCUCUUUGAAAAGUGUCUUGAGAUUACUUUGGUUAUGAACUGGCGCUAUACUAACAACGAUUGGUUGAAAGUCAAAUCAUAAUUUAUAGCUUUGUAGUGCACAGCAGACCGGAGUAGAAGGACAAACAAGCUUCUCUUUGUGAAAAUAGGAAAUGUUUGUAAAUCAGGAAUCAGUCUGAAUUAAAAAUCAAUUCUGAAUCAAAUCCUGACAUCCAGACUUCCAAAUGUAGUUGGAUCACCUGAUAUUGAAAGGUUUGCAUCUCUCCUUGUGAGGUGACUGUGGCUUAGAAUCAGCCUAAUGGUUAUUUAUGGCCACAGAUCAGACAGAUACACUCUCUAAUAUAUGAGCUUUUGCAGUGUAUAAGUGUUUCUUUGUGCUUACAUACUUGAUUAUAUAUCAUAAACAUGUGCUGUGACCAGAGUUGAACUCUUAAUUUAUCACUCUUUAUUUGAAUUGCCAAACAUUUGUUUACAGAUGUGUUGUUAAGGGAGUAUUUCUGAUUAAUUGUGUAUUGUAUUAUUGUGAUUGUGUAUGAAGUAAGAAUGUGAACGUCGCUGCUGUUUGUGAAGUGUCUCAGCCUCUGGCCUACAGCUCCUGGAAAUUAAGCGGAGCUUUAAUAAACUCUUGACUUUUUCACCUUAUUGCCGCAGUGAUAAAUGAGUGUCAGCCAGCUAAUUAAUUGUUCUAAAGGUGCGGCAGCGGCGGUCCGUUUGUGCGUGUAAUGCCCUCUGUCAUCUGUGAUUUAUCACCUGGGAAGUGGCC